AUGGCCACCAACUACGUCUUAUUCGAGACUGCAUCAGGUUACUCUCUUUUUGAACGUUUGCAAUCAGAGGAGAUCGGUUCCAAGUUGGAGUCUGUUCAAAACUCUAUUGCUGAUCUUUCCAAGUUCAGUAAGAUGUUGAAGCUCAAGUCAUUUGCUCCUUUCAAGAAUGCUGCUGAUGCUUUAGAGAACGCCAACGAUGUUUCUGAAGGUAUUGUCAACCCUUCUUUAAAGGCCUUUUUGGAAAUGAACCUUCCCAAGUCUGACAAAAAGUCCAAGGUGUGCCUCGGUGUUACCGAAAAGAACUUGGCUGGUGCCAUCAAGAGUGAAUUGAGCAUUGAUUGUGCCUCUGAUGAAAUGGUCCAAGAACUCAUCCGCGGUAUCCGUUUGUGGGCUGACAAGCUCCUUGGUCAACUCAAGGCUGGUGAUUUAGAAAGAGCCCAACUCGGUCUUGGUCACUCUUACUCUCGUGCCAAGGUCAAGUUCAAUGUCAACCGUGCUGAUAACAUGAUCAUUCAAGCCAUUGCUCUUUUGGAUCAAAUGGAUAAGGAUGUCAACACAUUUGCCAUGCGCGUCAAGGAAUGGUACUCUUGGCACUUCCCUGAAAUGGUCAAGAUUGUCAACGACAACUACAAAUACGCCAAGCUCAUCAAGGUUGUCAAGAACAAGGCCGAACUCUCUGAAUCUGAUUUAGAGGCUAUUGCCGAGAUCUGUGAUGGUGAUGAGACCAUUGCUCAACAAAUUUUGGACGCUGCUCGUGCCUCCAUGGGUACCGAUAUCUCUCCUGUCGAUAUGAUCAACAUUCAAAACUUUGCUGACCGUGUCAUCUCUCUUGCUGAAUACCGCAAGAAGCUCCAUGGCUAUUUAGUCACCAAGAUGAGCUAUGUUGCUCCCAACUUGGCUGCUCUCAUUGGUGAAGUUGUAGGUGCUCGUUUGAUCUCCCAAGCUGGUUCCUUGACCAACUUGUCCAAAUAUCCUGCUUCCACUUUGCAAAUCUUGGGUGCUGAAAAGGCCCUCUUCAGAGCCUUAAAGACCAAGGGUAACACUCCCAAGUACGGUUUGAUCUACCACUCCUCUUUCAUUGGCCGUGCUGGUCAAAAGAACAAGGGUCGUAUCUCUCGUUAUUUGGCCAACAAGUGUACCAUUGCUUCCCGUAUCGAUUGUUUCUCUGAUAGCCCUACUGACAAGUUUGGUCAAGCCUUGAAGAAGCAAGUUGAAGAACGUCUUGAAUUUUUCGAUAGCGGUGCUCUUCCCGAGAAGAACAUUGAUGUCAUGAAGAAGGUCAUGAACGAUUUGGACUUGGAUAUGGAUGAAGUUGCUGAACCUGCUGUUGUCUCCGGUAAGAAGAGAACAGCCGACGAUGUUUCUGACGCAGAGGAGGAGAAGCCUGCUAAAAAGUCCAAGAAGGACAAGAAGGAAAAGAAGGAUAAGAAGGAGAAGAAGGAAAAGAGCAAGGAGAAGAAGAGCAAGAAGGAGAAGAAGAGCAAGGACUAA